AAACUAAAAACAAAAAUGGCGAGCGCUAGCGAGACAGAGAGAAGCACAUUUAAAGAGGCACUGUCAUCUUUAAAUCCGUUGUGUGGGAACAUUUUGGAUUCAGCGGUCAAUGCGAUGAUGGGGGUGGAGCUGGAGCAAGGAGAGUCCACUCGUUAGCCAAAACAGAACAAUCUCUCGCUGCUGCCUUCCAACAACAAUUUGGGACAAAUUCAGAAAAACAAAGAAAUAACGAGAGCAGUGGGAGUAUUCAUAUCUGAAGAUUUGCAGCCCUAUUCGGUGGUUACUGACUCGGGAUUUCGUCACCUGAUAAAAAAUGAUUAGCGCAUUAUUGACACAGACAUUUCAAGCAGCAAACGAAUUCCCAAACUCUGUGAAACAUCACGGAGAGAAAUUGAAAAGGAAUUGACACAGACACCCAAUCUAGCUUUCCACUGAUAGUUGGCCCUCCAGAGCAACUCAAAGCUACCUCACUGUGACGGUUCAAUAUAUACUGGAUUGGGAGAUGAAGAGCUACAGGAUGCCGACAGACCUCGCUGAUGAACUAUCAAAAAGGCUGUGCAAACAAAAUAAGAGGAUAGUGUACACUGUUUUAGAGUACAGCCCCUUGCUGGACUCUUGCAAUAUGACCACAGAUGACUGGGCUACAAUUGGGAAGGACAUUGAGAAACACUAUGAGAAGUAUGACGGUUUUGUCAUUCUCCACGGCACGGACACCAUGGCCUACACAGCAUCUGCUCUGUCCUUCAUGUGUGAGCAUCUGGGGAAGCCUGUCAUCCUCACCGGCUCCCAGGUGCCGAUCUAUGAGAUGAGGAACGAUGGAAGAGACAACCUGUUGGGGGCGCUGCUGAUCGCUGGUCAGUUUGUUAUUCCUGAGGUUUGUCUGUAUUUCCACAACAAGCUGUACCGGGGCAACCGUGUGACCAAGGUGGAUUCUGGGAGUUUCAAUGCCUUCAAUUCUCCUAACCUGGCUCCUCUGGCCAAUGCUGAAGUGGAUAUUAAAAUUAACUGGGACACGGUGUGGAGAGCAAACACAACCUCGCGGUUCAGAGUGAGCACUCAGAUGAACCGUAACGUGGGUCUGCUGAGACUCUUCCCAGGCAUCACUGCGAUGACCGUGAAGUCCUUCCUGCAGGCGCCCAUGGAGGCCAUCGUCCUGGAGACGUAUGGUAGUGGAAACGCCCCUGACAACCGUGCUGACCUGCUUGAGGAGUUCCGGAAUGCCACAGAGAGGGGUGUGAUCAUUGUCAACUGCACCCAGUGUCUGAGGGGUUCUGUCACCACAUCGUACGCCACUGGAAAGGCCUUGAGUGACGCAGGACUGGUGGCAGGCUGUGACAUGACUCCUGAGGCUGCCCUGUGCAAGCUGUCCUACGUGCUGGCCAGGACGGACCUCAGCAUAGAGGCCAAAAGAAAGAUGCUGAGUCAGAACCUGCGGGGAGAGAUGAUCGCUGACCUGCAGGGGGCCAAGCUCACUCUGAGUGACAGUCGCUUCAUCCAGGUCAUCGCCAAGUCCCUGAGCAUCAGCUGUAAGGAGGAGCUCGAAGCCGUCCGGGAUGCUCUGACACCCACCUUAGCUUGUGCCGCUUCUAAGAUAGGAGACUUGGAGGCCUUGGAUGCCAUAAAGGAGAUGGGCAGUAACUUAAGUCUGGGGGACUAUGAUGGACGUACCCCUCUGCACAUCGCUUCCUGUGAGGGCCACCUCAAUGUGGUGCAGUAUCUACUGAGCCAGGGCGCCACUGUCUACGCCAAAGAUCGCUAUGGGGACACACCCCUGCGCAAUGCUGUGCGCUUCAGACACAAAGAGGUGGUGAAGCUGCUGAGAAAGACUGGAGCUCAUUUCUCCAGGGAUGAGUUGGAAGAUGCCGGCUCAGAGCUGUGCAGUCUGGCAGCCAGUGCUGACAUCAAGGGCCUGGAGAUGUGGCACCUGGCCGGGGGAGACCUGGACACGCCAGGCUACGAUGGGCAGACGCCGAUGGAGGUGGCUAUGGCUGUGGGGAAUGAAGUUCUGAUUGACUUCAUACACCAGGUCAGCCAGUCCCACGUCCAGCCUCUGUUUAAAGAUGAUGCUGAGAAUGGAGAAUACAUUGAGUUCUCAGCCUGUCCAAAAGAAUCCUGAAGACUAAGACCCUCAACUCUUACCUUUCAAUUUUAUUCUCUUACACUGGAUAUUUGCACAAGCUUGCAGAUUAACAGUUUUUUUUAGAUUCAUCCAAACCAUUUUACAAUUGAUAUAUUUGCAUUAAUCCCAUAUGCAGUUGGUAAACUGUAGUUGUAAAAGCACAAGUAGCACAAUAUUGGAUGUCAAGUAAUAUGGAUGCUCUGUGCCUAUAACAGGCAGCACUAUAUAUGUUUGUUUUGUAUGUACCACAGUAUGUGAUGUAUGUGGAAGCAAUUCACUCUAAUAGGAAUUAUCAGAGUUCAUUGGAAGCACAGGGUAGAAUUAUGUUCUUUGAGGCAUUUGAUUGGUAGAAUGCUGUACCUUUUAGAUGUGCUUUAUGAAACACUACAAGACAUUUAUUCUAAACGGAAAUCAUUGUGUGAAUAACUGUUUGCCUAUAUGUUUAUAGUCUCACUUAGACUGCAUGAAUGAUACCUCUACUUUCAGGGAGGUGGAGGAAUUGUAUGAGGUGUUUCCUGUUUAAUAAACAGAACAAUCCAUCCCUCUGUUCUGCGUCCACACAGCUCCUAGCAUCCAAACCCAGGGUCCUUUAUAGUUGAUAAAAGCAUCUGAUAAAUUACAUUUUUUUAUCUAAAGCAACUUGCAGAGACAAAAGGUUACUCUAAUCAAUGUGAAAUUCCAACCCACAUUGUCUUCUAUAGUUUGGGUUGUGUACUACAUCUUCUGCCUGUCUCAUCCUGCUUCCUUGUUACCCUACUCUAACAGCCCGGACAUAGACCGAUGUCAUAUAGCUGGACAUCACUUCAGCUGUUAUCCAAUAACUGUUACUCAGUGCUACGCUCCUCUACUUGCUAUGUUCAUGGUCAAUUAACUAUUUUGAUUCAAUUAAAAUGUCAACAUUCA